AUCCCAGCUUUGAGUUUCCGCAGUUUCUCCUGUUCACCGAGCGUCCCAAGUCCUCCUUGUCUCUCUCAGCUUUUUCCUCCUUUUUUGCUGUGUCGUGGUUGUUACGAAUUGGACGCCAUUCAAUGCGAAGGAAUGUCGCUCGAUGGGGGAGUGAUUGACGCUUGACUUCCCCCCACAGCAAUGGGAAGAGAACGACUCUGCUUUUGCGGCCAUGACAGUCAUGGGUUCUCUGCUUGUUCUGAUCUCUGACCCCUCGAGGACUUAAGUCAAAGUGUGAGAGUGUCUUGGCUCGUAAUGGGACACUUUGGUGAUCAGUGAGGCAUAGAUGGAAUAGGAAUAUCAUUUGUUACUGCAGUGGAUGCUCUAGCUGCAUGGGAGGCUUAUCACAUGUUUUUGAUCAAAGAAGCAUGGCCAGGAAAGUCUUUUCCCAAAAGAAACAUGUCGGAGGUCAUGAAGCACCCAGGAAUAGUUUAGAGCUGCAAGCAGAAGCUUCUGAGGGCUGUUGUGCUAUAGGCGAUAUGCCGUAUUCUUAUGGCAUGGAUCAAGAUCGGUAUAAGAUGAAGCGUCAUCCAGUUGAGGCUCCAAUGAAGAAAUUGAUAAGUGAGGAGAUGUCCAGCAGAUCAUUUAACAGACAAAACUCACCAAGCAUCGUGGCUCGGCUAAUGGGGAUGGAUAUCUUGCCACCAGAUAACAAUUCUCAAGCCCAUUCAACUGAGAAGAAAAAAGAGAGCAUGAAAACCAACUUUUCAAGAAAAGAGAGGAAGGAAAGGGGCUUGAUGUCUCACAGUUCAUCUAACUCUGGUUCUUUGGGGCACAUGGAGCUUUGCUCAUCCUCUCAUAAUUCAGAUAGGGAUGUUGACAGAGGGAGAAGCGUCCAAAAAUCAACAAAACAGAGGCGCCGAGAACAUCCACAAGAGGAGGAACUGCAGAAGUUCAAGAAAGAAUUUGAAGCUUGGCAAGCAAAUAGGCUCAGGGAAUUUACAAAGUUUGUCGAGCUUGAUGAUGCUCCUAUGCAGUUGGCUGGUGGUCAAGAGAGCUGCAACUUAAAAAUGAUAUCACUUCAUGCAAAUCAUGAAAAAAGCAUGAUUGAGAAGCCCAGGAGAACUGAUAUAGCAAAAGCGAAAUCGAUUGAAAGAGACCCUUCAUUACACAGGGAAAAAACUGGACUCGUCCCGGCUAAGCAGUACGAGUCUUGUUCUUUGAUGAGCAAAAGUCUAAACAAGGACAUUGAACAAUGUAGUGCAGUGAUUUCUGGUGAGAAACUGGACUCUUAUCUUGGCCCUACGAGGAUAGUAAUAUUGAAGCCUGGUCCUGAUAGGUUCUGGCAUGAAGAAUCAUGGCCCAGUUCCUCCGGAACGGAUGAAAGGGGCAGCAUAGAAGAUUUUCUUCAGGAGGUGAAAGAACGGUUGAAAAGUGAAAUUCAAGGAAGGGCAGUUAAAAGGAGUUCCGUGGUCAGAGGAAGUGGAAUUGAGACCCCUUUCAAUGAAAGACCAUCUGAUUCAAAGCAAAUAGCACAGAACAUAGCAAAACAAGUCAGAGAGAGUGUUACUAGGGAUCUUGGGGUGAAUUUGCUCCGUUCAGAAUCAACUAGAUCUUAUAGAAGUGAAAUUCAGUUGAAUCCACCAGGUUCCCCAGAAUUUAUUAACCGAGAUACAAGGAAGUUCUUGACAGAGAGGUUGAGGAAUGUUCUGAAGAGUGAUAGUCUUUUGGAUUUGCCCAGAGAAGCAAGUGACAGCUCCAGUUCGUCCUUGUUAGGCGAUGAAAGGCCUAGCAUAAAACACGUGGACAAUGCUUUGAGAAUGAUAAAUGAACCUUGCUACUGGGAAAAUGUAAAAGAUGAACAUCAAAUGCAAGCUAGAUCAUUCAGACAUGGGUCAGAUGAUGAUCGUGUUCUCCACAGGGAAUUAUCCCCAAGAAACCUUGUAAGAUCCUUGUCCGCUCCUGUAUCAGGAACAUCCUUUGGGAAACUUCUCCUUGAAGACCGCCACAUUUUGACUGGUGCUCAUAUCAGAAGAAAGCAUGAAGUUGUUGAAAAUGUGCCAAUAGAUGCCAAGAAAGUGAAAAAGGAAAAGCUCAAGUUCAAAGAGAAGGUCCAUAACUUCAGAUACACAUUCACUCUGAGAAGGAGGCUGUUUGGCAAAAGGGUCCAAUCCGUAGCAGAAUCAUAUAACUUUGAGACUGACUUCAUGAAAGACAUUAUGAGUGGGCCAACAGUCGUCAUGAACUUUGGCGAGUGGCAUGAGAAUUCUACUGAAGUGCCCCCUAGCCCUGCGUCUGUGUGCAGCAGUUCUCAAGAAGAGCUUUGGAGACCAAGUAACAACCUGAGCCCUAUGUCAACGCCAGACAGGACUGUCGGAGAAGAAGAUGUGGUGCCACAAGUUUUCAGAGAAAUCAGCUUGAAUCUGAAUGAGCUGAGGAGGCAACUAAAUCAGCUUGGAUCUGAUGAGCCUCUGGAGACAACUGAAGAGCAGCCUAUUGAAUGUAAAAUGGUCGAGUUAGAGGACAAGAUGGAAGAAUACAUAAGAGAUCUGCUUGUUGCUUCUGGCUUGUACGACGGAUCAUCUAAUGUGUAUCUAUCCAGAGUAGACACACUUGCAAAGCCUAUCAGUGACUUGGUAUUUGAAGAAGUGGAGGAAUCUCAUGGGAAGUUGGCCAACCAACACGGCACUUCAGUGAACGACAAGAAUGAAAAAGGAACAGAGCACAAGUUAUUACAUGAUUUGUUAAAUGAAGCACUUUCAACAAUUCUUGGACCACCGAGAAGAAAGAAUGCUGGUUCAUUCAAAGUGCUACAUCCGCGAGGAAGGGAAUUGCUGAGAUCGGUUUGGGAGAUCAUACGAGUUUGUGUUUAUCCUCCAAUUGACAGGUCAUAUUACUCACUAGAUAAUAUGAUGGCCCGGGAUCUCGAAUCAAUCCCAUGGCUCAGUUUGUUGGAUGAUGAAAUGAAUCAACUAGGGAAAGAGGUGGAAAGUCUAAUAAUUGGAGAUUUAGUUGAGGAAAUUGUAAAGGACAUGUGUUAAAAAUGUGCACGAGGAAAGAUCUUUUUCUUUAUAUAUAACGCGAGACAAUUCUCUCCGUCAGGUCAAGCAUUGAUAGGAAGGAGAAUGCGGAGGUGCAUAGCUAGUGCUGUUGAUUAGUACGUGAUAGUGUGGGAUUUGGGUGUUGCUAUGGGCAUUGCGUGUGCAUUUGUACAUAA